AUCAGAGAAGGCAUAUGGGGCAUGUAUAUUUGUAAGAACCGUCGAGGACAACGAUACUGUUUCAACACACCUCUUGAUUUCAAAAUCACGGGUAGCCCCUCUGGAAAAUCUCAAAAGAAAAAAUCGUCGGCAGUCCAUUCCUCGACUUGAGUUAUCUUCAGCACUGCUUCUUUCACAUUUGCACGAGAAAGUGAUGGCCAGCAUCCACAUCGAAGUCAAGUCAUAUUUCUGGACGGAUUCGAUGAUCGUAAAAUGUUGGCUUACUUCAGCACCAUCCAGGUGGAAGGAAUUCGUUGCGAAUCGAUUCUCCGAAAUACAGCACCUGACGAGUGAAGGAGUUUGGAAUCAUGUAAUGGGAGUUGAAAACCCUGCUGAUAUUAUUUCCCGGGGCAUGACUCCAGCGCAGCUACAAUAUCAAUCCAGUUGGAGGCAUGGGCCUGUUUGGUUACAGCUGGACGAAUCGAAUUGGCCCCAACCCAUCCCAAUCCAGGAGGAAGAAUUAGACAAGUCAAUUAUGGAAGAGAAAAAAGUCAUCACAGUAGUUCUACAUGCAAUCAACCCAAGUAAGAUAUUCGGCUUACGAUCAUCAUUAUCAGAUUUAAUUCGACUGACAGCACUCAUCCGCCGCUUUCGCUUCAACUCACAAGCUGCUAACCGGAAUCGUCGCAAGCAUGGAUUCAUCACCGCUGAAGAACGCGACGAAGCACUGAAAAUUUUAGUUCGUCUGUCCCAGAAAGAAGCAUUUCCACAGGAGUUUGCUGACUUAUCCAAGGGUGAACAGGUUCAGGAGUCCUCUAGAAUAAGUUCACUUCAUCCGCAGAUAACAGACGGAACUAUUUGUGUUGGCGGCCGGUUACAGCAUGCGCUGUUGUGAACAACUCGGAAGCAUCCAUUCAUAUUGCACCAUCGACACCCGCUAACAAGAGCAAUUGUAUCAUAUUACCACCGUAAGCUGUUUCAUGCAGGUCAACAACUCUUGAUUUCCACUGUCCGUGAACGGUUCUGGCCGACAAACGCUCGAAACCUGGCCAGAAAGGUUAUUCAUGAAUGUGUUCCAUGUUUUCGCAACAGACCCAAAAUACACGAUCAACUGAUGGCAGAUCUUCCACCGGAAAGAGUCACUCCUUGCAUACCAUUUCAGCGAGUUGGAGUCGACUACUGCGGGCCGUUUUGGAUUGCGUUUCCACAUCGCCGAGCUCGUCCAACGAAAUGUUUUGUAGCUGUGUACGUGUGCUUGGUUACAAAGGCAGUGCACUUGGAGCUGGUCGCUGACUUAACAACACAGGCUUUCUUGGCAUCACUGAAACGCUUUUCAUCACGCCGUGGCAAGCCCAGUCUGGUAAUGUGCGAUAAUGCCACGAACUUUGUUGGAGCCAGACGAGAAUUGGACGAGCUAUGUACGUUGUUUAACAACCAACAAUUCCCACGGACUAUUUCUGCAGAAGCAGCGGAAAGCAAUAUUGAUUUUCGGUUCAUACCCGCACGUUCCCCAAACUUUGGAGGACUUUGGGAGUCAGCAGUUAAGUCCUUCAAAACAUUAUUUAAGCGGACCAUUGGCACCCACACCUUGCUGUAUGAUGAGAUGCAGACUGUUUUAACACAAAUCGAAGCUGUGCUAAACUCGCGACCACUGACUCCGGUGAGCAACGAUCCGAACGACUACGAAGCGCUAACACCGGGUCAUUUCUUGAUCCAACGACCUUUAACUGCGAUUCCUGAACCUGAUUUGGACGACAUACCUGUGAAUAGAUUGUCUGCUUGGCAACGGACGCAAUAUUUUAUGCAAUGCUUGUGGAAGAAAUGGUCGGCUCAGUAUCUCUCGAAUCUACAGAACCGCACUAAAUGGACGAAAGAACGCGAUAAUUUGACUGCUGGGACUAUGGUGCUGUUGAAAGAUGAAAAUUUACCACCAUUGAAGUGGCAACUUGGGCGGGUAGUGGAGUUGCAUCCCGGAUCUGAUGGUAAUAUUCGUGUUGUUACCGUACGCACAAUGGAAGGAAUAUAUAGGCGUGCAAUAUCCAAAGUCUGUAUCUUGCCCAUCCGUGAUAACAUUAAUGCAUCAUCAGAGGAGAACUAGGACUCCUCCAACGGCGGGGGUCGAGAGGCCCCCGCACACCAGUUAAUCGCAUUUUGUAUUAAAUGGACAUCGUUUGUUUUGACUUCACCAGAACUGAGCUUAAAUCAGAGUCGAGGUAACCCGUUUUGUUCUUGGUGGUGGAAAGUAAUUGCAUGCAGUGUGAGGGUGUAGCAGUUGCGCUGGUUACCGAACCAGUUAUGUUUGGUGUGGUCCACACCUAUACAGCCGUAUCGGUUGUCUCAGACGAACCUCAGUUAAUCACAGUUUUACGUUUGGUAUUUUCGAGGCACACUUGACAUCAGCGAGGCCUGAUCCUAACUGGGGAAUACCGACGUAAUGUACACGUCAUUCUGUCUGCAGAAGGAACACCAACGCCAGGAGGCGCGGGCGGAGGCCAUCCGGCCUCCGUUUCAGGGAAGUCCUUUUUUGUAACAUCAUUUCGGUUUAAAAAAGCACCCUCUCAUUUUAUUCAUAGCACCACCACCAGCGACGAACGGUAUCAGGCACGACCAGUCAACACAUAAAGCAAGCACCAGCAAAACAAUGAACAGGACAACUGCGACUGCGGAGAUAACGUUCCAAAUCGUCAACAGAAAUUACAGUUACUUUCAACAACAAUCUCAUCAUUCACUAGCAUCAGAAACAACCGCAGACAAAGUGUAUCAGGCGCAUCAUCAACGUGUCAACUCCCAUCAGCAGAAUAUAAACACGAACUAAGAACUUGGCAGCAACAACAACAGCAAAUGAAACGAAAGAAGGAUCACAAGAAAACUCACACAUAUUGUAGAGCACAAUCGGCGAAUCUAGGUCAAGUUCAUAGUACCGUUACCCUCACCAGACGUAAAUAGUAGCACCAACAAUGACCAGAUGAUGUAAACAAACCGGGAUGUACCGUUACCACGGAGAGCGCUGCCUAUUUCCGAAGUGUUUUUUUUUUCUGUGUUAUAGUGACUUUCAACUCGUUUUGGCUGGUUCGUCACUUCUACUUCCAUUUUUGGAAGAAUGUCGGGAGUGAGAAUUGAACUCAUGACCUUUAGCGUGAGAGGCAUGGAUGUUACCACUACGCCAGAUCGCCUCCACAUUUUCCGAAGUGUGUGCCAGACAACCUCUGUUCUCAUCGGUUUCGUAGUAGCUAGAAUAGGACAGAAGCAAUUGAAAUGCAAGAUAUUUCAAGGCGGCCGGCAUGUUUAUGCGAAAAGGAAUUUUGAGCAUCCCGAGAAAACGUGAUCCACAACAACCAAGCGAUAUUGUUUUCCUCUUUUCCCACACAGUAUCGCUUGGUUUGUUUCACUCGAGCAAUAAUUACUCAGAGAGACCAAUUCUCUCUAGAGAUAACGUUUUUUGAUGUUGCUUUGAUCGAUGUUUCUGAUAAAACAGCUGAUUGUAUGAAGAAGAGACUUAAA